AUACAAUAGAUGGGACUGUUUUGAAAUCCACAAAUGGGAUGUUUCUGCACUUAAUUGUGACCUGAAAUGUCGACCUCAAGUUGCCAUUUCUCUGCUAUAAAAAGUCUUUUCGAUAAUGCUGUUGAGAAUGGUGAAAUUACAGUACUCGAAUUUACUACUCGGCUAUCAGAAAUCAGUAUGAGCUUAUCACCUGAAGAGAUAAAAUCUCUAGCACAACGCGUAGAUAGCGAAAUGAAGAUGUCGUAUAAGCAGAUUCUAGAAAAGCAUUCUUCAGACAAUGGAAACGAAAAAUUGUCUAGAGAGUAAGUCAGUUGUUCCCCAACUAUUUCAGGCUACAAUUCCAAAUUUUACUGGUCCUACAUACUCGUCUUCUAUGCUCGUUUGAAGAAGCUGAUAUGUGUGCUGACCAUGAACUUGGUGACUGGAUUUCGGAGUUAAUCAGCCGACUUAGCUUAUGUGAUCCUACUUGGAAUGAAUGGAAAAACUUUCUAAAAUUGGAAGUUGUCGAUAGGUACAAGAUAGGCUUUGGUCGCACAUUAUUUCAUGUCUAUAUCAAUCUUGGUCUGGAACCUCCUGAGUGUCUACCCCAUGAUACGGAACUUACAUCAGAAUCACGUACUCUAGAGGAAAAUGUAGAUGAAGUCGAUGGGGUCAUACCAAAUUCACCUCAACCAUCAAAUGUCAUGCAACCUUCACCAGUACCACGCAAUACCAUCAGACAAUCGCUUCCACGUGCGUUGUUUACUGAUUCAGUACACAUCUCACUUUCAUCCAAUGAAACUCCUAAUCCCUUGACAUCCACUCCAAUUUUAUCCAAUGUAACUAGUUCGUGUCCUGUCAAUACAGAGUCAUCUAGUAAAUAUCGGUCUUGUAAAACUAUACCAACUCCUCAUCUAGUACUUAUACCAUGUCAACGAUCAAAACGAAAAUGCCGAACUCCAACGAAACGCAUUCCGGUAAAACGAGAAGCUCGAAAGAAGCCAACAAACACAACACCAACUACAAGACACAGACAUCCUUCAGCUAAUUCAUCAAAACGAACUCCAGUUUCAACGUCAGCUCGUACUCCAAAGAGUUCAAAUCGAUCACGUUCACAUAAUAUCACGUCUCCUAAUGCUAAUAGCGUAAAACAAAAGUCGACAUUAUCGGAAACGCCCAUUUCAACAAGAGGAGAGUCUAAAAGAAAGGCGAAUACCGAUUCAAAACGUAAUCAUCGACGUUCAGUACACGAGACACCUAAUCCAGAGAAGUCAUAUCCUCGCUGGGAACGCGCCAAGUUGGCUGCAGCAGAGAAAACAAAAAAUAAGGCAAUUAUUGUAGAUGAAUCACCAAUAAAACCACUGCUAACAACAGUCAGUCCAUUACGUCGACUACGUCGAGCUAACUCUAUGCUAAAUAGUCUUUUGUACAUAGAAGCACAAGAAGCUGCCAAUAUAACAGCUCAGACUCACAGUGGUGGUGGUGGUUGUCUUCCAACACUAUUGAGUAAUAGUUCUAGUCUACCAUUUAAUUCCGAUGAUGACAAUGAAGAUAAUAAUCGACUAACUCGUGAAUCAUCACUUCAAUUCAGUCAAGAACUACCAAUACAAUAUAAAGAUUCAUGCUUGUCCGUAGCAAUGUCACGUGCUGAACGUUGGAGACGACGUCAAUUAGAAGAGGAAGCUAGUUUAAGUCAAUUCUCAACACAAAUUUCUAACAUUCAAUCAAAUUCUGUACAUAUAAAUAAUGAUUUCAUCAAUGAAAAUAUUAAUUCAUCAACACCUCCACGUUUACUACGUCGUAAUUCUAAUUUAUUAGCCAAUAUGAUUUCUUCAUCAGAUCAUCAUCGUUUAAAUACAACAUUAAGUCAAUUAAUUCAUAGUCCAAAACGAAUAAAAACUCCUCGUAAAAACAUUUUUAAUGUGACGCCCAAGUGUACUCCAAAUGCAAAAAACAAUUGCUCUCAAUUGUCUACAGCAACAACUCAGAUAAAUACAGACUGUCUAAAUCCAGCACAAGUUAUUACAACUCCUCCUACCUCUACUAUGAAACCAUUUCUACAAAACGAUGUUCAACCUAUGUCAAGUGUGAAUACAGUAGGCUCAUUCCCAAGAUCUACUCCUCGACGUAGAACGUACAAAUCUAAAGAUACUGAUGAUAGUCAUCCUAUCACCACCACUACUAAUACAAGUCGUCGUCGAACUAGACAUUCUUCUGGAUUCGUUCAAUCGAAUACACGUGAAACCAUUGUUUCACCUCAGAUAUUUGACGAAGAGGCAAUGUUCCUUGGAAGAGAAGAAUUUCUGAAUGAAACUACUCCAAAUGUGUCUAGCACAUUUGAUGAAUGUGUCGAAGAUGAUGAUGAUGGUGCUGAAUUUGGAGCGUUGUUAAUGUCUAGAAAACGUAGAAAAAUAUCUCCAGUUUGUACACCAACACAACCUCCUGUAUUUCGCUUGAACACAUUAGUUGCUGCAACUACUUCGGCUGGUUCCACUAAUACUCAUGAAGUUUUCACUGGAUCACCUAACUCUCAUGAUUUGACUGGGAAUCAUACACCAUAUUCAUUUGGGAGUAAUAAUUUCAUGACUGACAACCUGAUAAAUGCACCUAAGCGUAAUAUCAACUGUAUUUCUGACGGUUCCGUCAAUACUGUUGCUAACAGUAACAGUAGUGACUAUGGUACUUCAGAUACUACUAUUAGUACUACUGUUAAUACUACUUCUGCCACUACCAUUAGUAUUAGUGAUACAAAACAAUCUGGUAUGAUCAAUAAUUCUAAAGCAUCGGUAUUUAGCACAUGUCCAGUAGUUAAAUCUAUUCAUCAAACAACAUUUGCUCCAUUGCAUGUAUUCGAUCGUCCUUCAACUGCGGUUAGUGAUUCUAUCGAUAAUACAACAACAAUUCACAGUAGUCAAAGUAAUUCAAUUUGUAUAACAUUACAUAAACAAUUAUUUGGUGGAAUUGAUGAACUAUCAUCUAAUAGUAUAAUUAAUCAUAAAUUAUCUGAAAAUAUUUAUGAAAAUUUAGAGAAUAUUCCUCCUAAUCUAUUGAAUUCACCAUCAUCUUCAUUAUCAUUAUUAUCAUCACCAUUAUCAAAAUCUCAUAUCAUUCCAUUAUCAUAUGAUGAUCAUACUAAUCAUAAUCAUAAUGAUCAUUCACGUCAUUUAUGGGAUGAAAAUUCAAUAGAUAUACCAUUAUCACCAGUAUUACAUCAAUUACAAUCAUCAAUGGAAUCGAAUUAUCAUUCUUAUUUAUCUAAUAAUAAUAAUAAUAAUAAUCAUAAUGAUCAUAAUCAUAAUUUAUUCUCAUCUAAAUUCAUAGUACCAAUGAUACAAAAAUCAAUAUUACAUCAUAAUAAUCAAUUAUGUAAUAAUCAUAUAUUACAUCCUCGACGUAAUUUAUUCCAAUAAUUCUAUUCUGUUAUUGUCUCUGUCUCUGUCUCUCUCUCUCCUCCCCCCUCUUUCUUUUCUUUUCUUUUUCUUUUAAUUAUUGUUAUUAUUAAUAAAUGUAUUUAUUCCCACUUUUUAUGUAUUGAUUUUAUUUUAUUUUUUUGUUUCUCUUUUUUUUUGUUUUGUUUUUUUCUCGUUCUUUCUAUCUAGUCAUUUUGUUUUUAGUUUCCAAGUGGUUUUUCUAAUGUAAAUUUUUGUUUUUAAAAAAAAAAUUAUAUUAAUCAUCAAUUCUUAUUGAAAUGAUUUUUUAUACAUGAACAUUAUGAUACAAUGACAUAUGAAUAUUAUUUAUGAUAGAACUAUGGAAAUAAAAUCAAAAUCUUCUUCAGUAGUAUUUUGGUCUUUGCAUAAAUCAGAUGAUUUGUAUGAUAAAUAUGUAUUUUGGUUAUUGCAUUUUUAUAAUCCAUGUUUGUGUUUAAAUCUAUGAGGGGAGGGGGGAGAAAAGAAAAACAACAACCACAAUAACAACCUUCUUCGUGUAAAUUUGUGUUAUAUAUAUUGCUAAUAUCUUGUAAGUAGUAUCUAUCUAUAUAUGUAUAUAAAAACAAUAUUUUUUUUUAAUGGAUCUUGAGUAUUUUUCAUUUUUAUCAUAUGGGUUUUAUGGAUAUUAUAGUCAUUUCAAUGGUUAAGAUCAUGAGUUAGUUGAAGUUAAACUACCAUGGAAAACCUGGAAGCAUUGGAUGUGUCGCUCAAUUUCGUGAAUUAGUGGAAGUUAGAUAUUGACACCGUUGGAUGCCGGCCAGCUCAGUGGUCUAGUGGUUAAAUGCUCGUGCACGCGAGACCAGUAGGUCGUGGGUUCAAAUCUGGCAGGGGGCGAGGUCGUGGAUGCGUACUGUCACUGAGAAGUCCCACAAUAGGAUGAAACGGUCGUCCAGUAUUUCCAGGUUUUUCAUGGUGGUCUAGCUUCAACUGACUCAUGAUCUUAACCAUUGAAAUUAUUUUUCAUUUUAUUUAGAAUUUUAUAUUUAAAAAAUUGAUAUUUAUUGUAGUAUUUUAUUUUUCCAUUUGGUUGUGGUUAAUGCGAUGAAUGUAGUAUUGGAUACUUUUAUUGAUAAUCGAGUCUAAUGGAACAGUUUGUUUAUA